UAAAAUAAAAAAUGGAAAUUAUCCAGUUGGUUGGUGAAUAGUGGAGCAGUGGACCAGUGGUGAGUGAUAUACCAUUUGUAUGGUGUUUCCAAAAUUGGGUUAACCUACAAAACCACGUUUCACACAAAAUUCGUGUAGAGUACUAUUGUCAAAAACCCGCGUCGCCCAACCUCUCUUUCUCACGCGCCGCCGCACACACUCGCCGUGCUCAAUCUCCUUCAUCGCCGAGGUUUCUCCCGCCGAUCCUCUCAUACACGAAACUUCUCCCCCGGAAGAACAAACCGAAAAUCGAGACCAUCGAAGAUUAGGGUUAACAAACGUGGUCGUCACCGUAAGUAUAAAUUUCUAGUUGCUAUGGCUGCUACAGAAGCAGCACUACACUUUCUGUGUAGGCCAGUGCCAUGUCAAACUUAUGCAAAUUCGAGAUCAACUUCACCGUGUUCCUUUAAAUAUAGCGUCAGAAGCAAAAAGUACGACGAUUAUGGGUGCAUAUCUCAGAAAGGGAUAUUUCAAAAUUAUGUGGGAAGACGUGUGAUUAGAAAUAGAGAUGGUAUAUUUGGAGAGGAACACGAUAAUCGGUCGAAAUCUUUACUUUGCAAUUGCAGUGGGGCUGAAAGUGUUCAAGAGGCAUUUAGAGAGGAUGGAAGUAAAAGAACGGUGAAAGGUGUGACCGAGGAUCUUGAUGCAGCACAGUAUUUAAAACACGAUAAGGAUGGUCUUCUGUUGAAUAAUGAGUUGACGUUAGAUACAGCGAUUGGCAAUACAUUCGGUGGAAGUGGGGCCAAUGACUUGGAGGAUGAAGCUUGGAAUUUGCUGCGAGCAUCGAUGGUGUACUACUGUGGUAACCCUGUUGGUACAAUCGCUGCUAAUGACCCGAGUGACUCGAACAUGCUGAACUAUGAUCAAGUGUUUAUCCGUGAUUUUAUACCUUCUGGGAUUGCUUUCCUGUUAAAGGGAGAGUACGAAAUUGUUAGGAACUUCAUCUUGCACACUCUUCAGCUGCAGAGUUGGGAGAAAACCAUGGAUUGCCAUAGUCCUGGACAAGGACUAAUGCCAGCAAGUUUCAAAGUACGUGUUGUGCCACUAGAUGGCGAUGAUACUGCAACUGAAGAGAUUUUAGACCCUGACUUUGGUGAGGCGGCAAUUGGUCGUGUGGCCCCCGUUGACUCUGGUUUGUGGUGGAUCAUACUAUUACGCGCAUAUGGAAAAUGCACUGGAGAUCGUUCCGUCCAGGAAAGAAUCGAUGUACAAACUGGCAUUAAAAUGAUUCUAAAGCUUUGUUUAUCAGAUGGCUUUGACAUGUUUCCAACUUUAUUAGUAACCGAUGGUUCGUGCAUGAUAGAUCGACGCAUGGGUAUCCAUGGCCACCCACUCGAAAUUCAGUCACUAUUCUACUCCGCUCUGCUUUGUGCGCGCGAGAUGCUCGCUCCAGAGGAUGCUCCAUCAGACCUAAUCACGGCCCUCAACAAUCGGUUAGUGGCUUUAUCAAUUCACAUCAGAGAGUACUACUGGGUUGACAUGAAGAAGCUGAACGAGAUAUACCGGUACAAGACAGAGGAAUAUUCUUUUGAUGCAGUCAACAAGUUCAAUAUCUACCCGGACCAGAUUCCUCCAUGGCUUGUGGAGUGGAUGCCAAACAAAGGAGGCUUUCUUAUCGGAAACCUUCAGCCAGCUCACAUGGACUUCCGUUUCUUUGCUCUAGGAAAUUUAUGGGCUAUAAUAUGCAGUCUUGCUACUACAGAGCAGUCACAUGCUAUAUUGGAUCUUAUUGAAGCCAAAUGGUCUGAUCUAAUAGCUGGCAUGCCUAUGAAGAUAUGUUACCCUGCUCUCGAGGGUCAGGAAUGGCGAAUAAUCACUGGAUGUGAUCCGAAAAACACGCCUUGGUCUUAUCACAAUGGUGGUUCCUGGCCAACUUUGCUGUGGCAGUUGACUGUGGCGUGCAUAAAAAUGAAUAGACCGGAGAUUGCAGAAAAAGCACUCAAAGUUGCGGAAAAACGUUUAGGAAGAGACAAGUGGCCCGAAUACUAUGAUACUAAAGGAGCAAGAUUCAUAGGAAAACAAGCACACCUCUUUCAGACAUGGUCUAUUGCAGGAUAUUUAGUGGCUAAACUCCUCGUGGAAAACCCUAAUGCUGCUAAUAUGUUAGUCAACAUCGAGGAUGCAGAUCUUCUUAAUACCUUCUCUUGGACACUUUCUGCUAAUCCGAGGGGUAAACGUCCUAGGAAAGGACCGAAGAAGAGUUUUAUUAUAUGAAUCGAUUUUUUUGUCUGAACAUUGAAUACGGUGGGAUCUCUUGCAGAGUUUGUUCCACUCUGUAUAUGAUUAGCUUUGUUUUGAUAGUACAUAUAUAUAUUUACCUCAAAAACCUUGAUUUCUCAGCUGGAUGAAACUUCAGCGUGAUUUUUUAUUCGAUACCUGUUUCGAC